UCUCAAACUCACCUGCUGUAGAUGAAUGGGGAUAUCAUAUAGCUAAAGAUAAUGAAACAAAAUAAAAAUAUAAUUUCUACAUAGAUCAUUGCGUAAGUUAUCACAAAAUGACUUUCUUCUCGCUGGCGAAACAUCGUUUUCAACCAAUUACGGAAGAUAAGGCAAUUGAAACGCUUCCAUUCUUACAGGCUUGUCGCGAAAUCGUUCCUUUUUUUGAUAUUCUUGGACCAACAGCAUUUGCUCCUGUUAAAAGUGACAUCAAUGGUAACAUAGAGAAAUUGUCCAAAAAAUAUCAAGAAGAUACAGUGAAGUACAAAAUUCUUCAAGACAUGGUUCGUAGUGAAAUGGAUGCUGGAACUACCAAGGCUAAAAAUUCAUCCACAGAUGCUCUUCUCUGGUUGAAAAGGGCACUUUCAUUUAUUCUGGUGUUUCUUGAAGAGGUUCUCACUGGAGAACAAGAUCUUACCAAGUGUGCGAAAAAGGCAUACGAGUCAACUUUGAAGAAAUAUCAUGGAUGGAUGGUUCAAAGUAUAUUCUCGUUAGCUAUGAAAGCUGUUCCUUAUCGUAAAGAUUUCAUUAAGAAAUUGGGGAAUGGUCUUGACGAAAGUGAUGUGUUGACAGAGAUGAGGGUAUUUGUGAACGAACUUAAAUCUACUUUUGAUGUAAUAACUGAAUUCUAUUCUGACUCUCGGCUAGAGGAUGCGAGUAAAGUGUAAAAUAACUCGAAUGCCUGGAAAUAAUGCUGUAAACAGGUUUUGGGGACAUUUCAGGAAGAUCUGGGUCAAUGAAUCAAAUAUAAUAAAAAAUUGAUUUGUGUUAACUUAUGGCAUUGGAAAAGUUUUCUUCCUGAGAGAAGGAAAGGGACUUACGACACUGUAAAUUUUUGGUUUUACGAACGAUUAGAAGAACAAAAAUCUUUUGAAACAAAAUCUCACGAACUUGACCUUUGAUGUUGUUCUUGUAAAACAACAUUGCUAGAAGAUUCCAUUAUUUGUUUCUUGAGAUCGCACUAUUCACUAGCAUGUGGUUGAAGUAUGCAUUUAAUGUGUCUUAGAUUCUCACCUAAUCUCUGUAAUCCUUACUCCAACUGAUUUCCCAUUUUUAUGUAUGCCAUUUGGGACAAUCUGAAUUUGAAUGAAACGAAGCCUAAAAUCACAAUCCACGAUUACACUUGGGAUGUAGGAACUUUACUCGGGCAAUUACCGUAUAACAAAGUCAAAAGGAAGUUGAAUUCGUAGUGUUUACAUAAAUUACCAAACGAACACAUGUUGUGAGAGCUUUGUCAUUUCCAGUCAGUUGUGAUAGUAAAAAAAACAUUGAACAGUGAAUGAUCGGUUUUGAUGUAUGUUGACUUCAAAAGGUGAUAGUGUUCAUUCGGUUGUCACGUCGUCUUGAUUUCUGCAUAUGAACUAUUGGCAAAGUUGUUUUAGCCAUUCGAUCAUGUAUAAUGGAAAUGAAUUACAAACGCGUCAACGAGAUAUUAGUCAUUUCAAUCAGGAUGGAAAUGUGAUACUUUGUCUAUACAAUCGACCUAUAUUGAAUGUCGAAAGAGGAACAACGUUUGGAUUGGCAAAACUGCUUUAUGAAUCUACAGGAGGCCGGGGGAAAAUGAUUGGUUUAAGAAAACGAAAGAGUGGGGUAGCCUUUAUUAUCACACAAGAGCAGACAGCUUUGACUGACCCGGAGUAUGACAUAAUAUUGCGUGAAAAAGCUGACGAUAGAUAUGCACUAUCUAUUGCGCCAAAUUACCAAGAUAAAUGCGUCAAUACCUGUAUUACUGUUCAGUCUAACUACGAAGCUUGGCCUUCUGGAUCGUAUUCUCCGCGUGGGCAAAUCGUUUGGAACAAGGAGACCGAAAAUUCGGUCAGAUUAACGGAAGGGCGACAUGUUGGAAAUAGAUCUAUUUCUUUAAGCCAAAAAAGCCCACCAUUUUUCAAGGACGCCGAAGUGUUACCUCCAAGUAACAACCAAGUGCCGCGGGUUGAAAAAAAUUUCACUGUAAAGAUAAACGAGCUUCAAAAGGCUACUUGUCGCAGGGACGAUGUGCGAUCUUCGUCUCCUCCAGAAGACAGCACAACCACACAAUCUGGGCCCAUUUCUCCUUCGAUAAGCGUAUCGUCAAGCGUGGAAAGUGCUGAAAGCGUUGGUGAUUCUGGUCAUAGUUCACCGAGUCAGGUGAUGAGAAAUCGACCAUUGAGAAAAAAAUGGCAAUGUUACCUUUGCAAGAAGUACUUCGCAUGUCGUAGUGCAUAUUAUAAUCACGAGAGAACGCAUACCGGGGAAAAACCCUUUCGUUGUAAUGUUUGUGGUCGUUGCUUUGGUCACCAGGGCAACCUAAAACAACAUAUGCACAUACAUUGCGAAGACAAACCGCACGUUUGUGAUAUUUGUGGGCGUGGUUUUACACGUUCUAAUAGAUUGAGAGAUCACAAACGUUCUCACCAGUACCAACAUCAUGUGAAUGGCAUUCAGCAACGAACAACAGAAAAUAGAGAGUAUUUGUUGAAUAACGUUUCAUCUGUCUCGAGUUUGUCUGAUGGAACAAAUCUCGAAAAUAAUGAUAAAUCAACAGACUCACUUAUAAAUAUGAAAAAAACUAAAGAGUGACUUACAUCUUUUGUAUCAUACAUACACUUUGUAAAUAGCAACUUCAAACAUUGUUGGUGAUGGUCUAAAAGUGUUGUAUAAAUUUGUAAAUAUUUUUGAUGCAUUUUAGUUAUUUCUUUAGUUAGAAAAACCUUUAGAUCGCAGGUCUCGAAAAAGGUUAUGUGCAAUAUGAUAAAGUAGAAGAUAGUAAAACAACAGAUGAGACUGUUUUGCCUUCGUGCCACUGA